UAUCGAACUCUCGUAGCUUGUUUCAUUAUCAAUUAAUAAACAAUAGGUACAUGUCAUACUAUCAUACUAAAAACUCGUCUUCGUGAUUAGCAAUACAUCAAAUCAAACUUACCAAACAUAUAACAGAACGAAAACUAAAGUUUAGUUGGCAACUUAUGCACAACUUAAAGCUAUAAAGUAGAGUGAGAAACAAAUCCCAAUACUUCCAUCAAAAUAUUGCCAAGAUGGAGAGAAAAACGAAGGUGGAGGAAGAAGAAGAAAUAUUUUAUUCUCCGGAAAGAAUAAUCGAAGUGAAUGACGAAGAUGAGAAUAUAAAGCUUGGCUAUUUGAGAGCCAUUCUUGAUAAGCAAGAUCCAUCUUGUAAGGAUGUAGAUGAUUUGACGUUGAGGCGAUUUCUACGUGCACGUGAUCUUGAUGCGGAGAAAGCGUCUAGAAUGUUCAUCAAGUACUUGACUUGGAGGCGAAGUUUCGUACCUAAGGGUUCGAUUUCACAAUCGGAGGUCACAAAUCAUAUCGGAAUAAAUAAGAUGUUUAUGCAAGGAAAAGAUAAGAGAGGGUGUCCGCUCUCGAUUUUCUUCGGUGGUAGACAUUUUCCCAGUAAAGGAGGAAAUGAUGAACUCAAACGUGCGUAUUUUGUG